GGAGAUCAUGAAUUGAAUUCUGUUUUAUCAGGCUAUGGAUCAAACAAUGGCUGGCAAUUCCCAGAAGAACAAGUUCUUGAUCGAUGGAUUUCCCAGGAAUGAAGAUAAUCUUCAAGGCUGGAAUAAGACUAUGGAUGGAAAGGCGGAUGUUUCUUUUGUUCUCUUCUUUGAUUGUGACAAUGAGAUAUGUAUUGGCCGCUGUCUUGAAAGAGGCAAGAGCAGUGGUAGGAGUGAUGAUAAUCGUCAAAGCCUGGAAAAGAGACUUCAUACAUAUCUGCAGUCUACUAAGCCUAUAAUAGACUUGUAUGAGAGAAUGGGAAAAGUCAGAAAAGUGGAUGCCUCUAAAUCUGUUGAUGAAGUUUUUGAAAAAGUUGUACAAAUUUUUGACAAGGAAGGCUAAUUCCCAGCUUGAAAAUUCAUUUAAACUUGUGCUUGAAUCUUGCUUGAAUAGCUGCUACUGCAGUCCACUCUUUGUAAUUGUUUUAAAAGAUUUUUUUAUUGUUUUUCACAUAUCUAAUGAUGAUUGGAAAAGAAGUUAAUUACAAAUGGAUCUGUUUUUUAACUAGGAAAUAAUUUCUUGUGGCUAUAGUAUACAAAUUUCAGGGUUCUCAACUAGUACAAGCUCAGUUACUUACAUGGCAAAACCGCAGUUAAAACAUCUCUCUGAAGAGACUAUUUAUUCUGUCACAGUUAUGUGCCCAUCAUGGGCAGCCCUUCUUAUUCCUUAUUGCCAUACACCUUCUUUAUUUUUUUUAAGGAUCAACUAAACAGCAACAUUAAGCAAUGAGGGACCCAGGUGCCCUUGUUUGUUUUUCGGAUGCUUGGACCAAAUUUAGCAGAUAUUUUUUCGGAGUAUAAUUUUGUCACCAAGUUCCCUGUUAUCUCCAAACCUGAAUUCUGUAA